AUGGCCCCAAUAAACCCCCUCGGACUGAGCGCUGGCGGUGGCGAGCGGGUUAUAAGCGACCGUUUCAGAUCCUCCCAUGAUAUAUUCUUCGAUGUGUUCUGGAUUCAACAACGCAAAUCUGGGUUUGAAAAGGGAGAACUGCGUGGAGAUGAGUUGGGUGAAAUCUAUUUUCUAUUUCGCCGGGUUCCCACUCGGUGCCCCGCUGGAGAGCUUGCUGGACAGGACAAUUUCCGCAGGGCAAAAUGGAUUCUCUACUUCGCCGGGUUCACCCCUCUCGUCACCAUCUACGUCGCCGCCUUCUACACAAGGAUCGUCGGCGCCGCCAUUACCGGGCAAUGUUACACAGUAUUGAAUAUGGUUUUUAUGGGUCGCCCACUUCAAUUCGCUUCCUCGGUUUUUCAUACAUAA